AUGAGCAAGGGCGGUCGACGGUCACAGCACAAAAGCAAGAGCCAAAAGGGCGUAGCGGGUCAAAGGCCUGCGCUUGCACCCACGAAAGCCGCAUCGGUCUCACGAUGGGAAAUGAGCGCCGUGGUGAUGGUGAGCACCGUACUGCUUUCGAUAGUGUGGCUGCAUUGGCUCACGGAUGUGUCUCAGCGUCCGCUUCGAAUGCAGUGGCUACAGUCUGCGUUUCAGGCAAGUAAGCCGCUCAGUCUGCCGACUUGGCUAUUUUCACCCGAAGUAUGGGACAGCUGGUGCGAAACGAUUCACCGUGUCACGUCCGCGUGUUUCUUCUUGUCAGGCGCUGUCCGUGCAAACAGUGCUGCCAACGGGUGGCAGUACCUUCGCUCACUAUGGACAGGUGCAUCUUCAUCCACCAAGUACGAGCGUGAUCCAUUCGAUUUGUUAUUCGCGUUCGUCUGGGGCAUGAUUCUCUUCGUGAUUCGAUUCGUUUGCAUGCAGUGCCUUUUGCUUCCUUUGGGACACAUGCUCGUGUCUCGACCAAGCGGUAACCCAGCUCAAUCUGAAAAGAAGCUGCACCGUCGCAUUGGCCGCUUUGCCGAACAGGGCUGGGUCUUGAUCUUGUAUGCGACCUCUUUGCUUCUCGUCGUGUUAGCUAUACAGAGGCAGCCUUUCUGGGUGUGGAAACCAGAGCACCUAUGGCUGGGAUACCCUGUCACAACGAUGGAUGCGCUCAGCAAGGCAGUGUAUUUGUGGGAAGCAAGCAAUUACAUCCAUCAGGUGUUUGUUAUUCAUCUCGAGGAGCGCCGUUCGGACUACUGGCAAAUGCUCACGCAUCACUUCGUGACGCUCUUGCUUAUUGGUGGCUCCUAUGUCUCGUGCUUCCACUAUGUGGGUUUCGCGAUCCUGCUGCUGAUGGACCCUGCAGACAUUUGCCUUAGCCUCGCCAAGCUGUCCAAGUACAUGGGCUGCACAACUUUGUGUGAUGUCCUCUUUGCCAUUUUCAUGCUGGUAUGGAUCAUCACUCGGCACAUUGGCUACGCCUUUGUCUGGUGGUCCUGCUACAAGGACGCUCCAAGACUGACAUCCUUUGGCACGACGUAUAAUCUGGCCUCAGGCCACAUGCUCACACCCACGUCGUACGUUUUCUUUCUCGUACUGCUGGGCAUGCUGCAGAUGAUUUUGCUGGUGUGGCUCGGUAUGAUAUUAAGGAUCGCGCUUCGCGUAGUGACGGCCCAAGGAGCCGUUGACACGCGCAGCGACGACGACUCCGAUUAG